UUAUCAUUGUGAAUAAUUCAAAUUGAUUUUUUCGCUUGUCUUCCAUUUCCGACAGACAAUUUAAGGAAAAAAACCACAUCAGAUCAUAUUAAUACAUCGGCUAUUAACCACAAUUAAUAGUUUAUUACUCAAUUAAAAGCACUUGGCAUAAUAUACUUAACAGCUAAAUACCGCCUCGACAAUGGCACAGUACCAGAUUAGUUGGAAAAAUUAGCGACAAAUCUGGUUCACAAAAUAUGAAAUGAUUCUACUGAUAUUUCCCGCCCCAAAAAUUUGAUACUUACAGUAACAGUUUUGAUUUGCAAAGGAUAAUAAUUAUUGUGCUUAUUCAGAUCACAACCGGUAUGGACUCUGUAUAUAAGCAAUUAUUAUUAGUUCUAUCAGUAGUGAUUGCAAAUUAAAUAUAGGCAUGGGUUUGUUUCACAAGUGUUUAAUGUGUGCUCUACUUUUCAAGUUCCAGGAUAAAUUUGAGAGCAAAGUCGCGAAGAAACCUCUGCAAGUUUUCUGGAAUGUUCCAUCGUUUCAAUGCAAUCCUUUCAAACUGAACUUUACAAAACCACUAAAUAAGUACGGCAUUGUGUACAACAAAGAUGCAGCUUUUAGAGGCCAACAAAUUAAUAUCCUGUAUGAUCCAGGAAAUUUUCCAGCUAUUUUGAAAAAUGGAAAAGACAAUUUUUUAAGAAACGGUGGAGUACCUCAAGAAGGCAAUUUGAGUAGUCAUUUGAGAAUUUUCGACGAAAUCGUUGACCAACUUAUUCCAAACAAGCAAUUCUCAGGACUAGCAAUUAUAGACUUUGAAAGCUGGAGGCCAAUUUUCAGGCAAAACUGGGGAGUUUUGACGCCAUACAAAGAACUAUCCGAGAAACUUGAAAAGAAACGACACCCUAUUUGGUCCGAAGCUUGGAUUAAAAAAGAAGCGGCUAAAAGAUUUGAAGAAGGUGCAAAUAAGUUUUUGGAAGCAACUAUCACCCGAGCAAAGUCGCUUAGACCGAAAGCGUCCUGGGGUUACUAUCACUAUCCGUACUGUUUCUUCAGCACAACCCAAAAAACGUGCGCUAAAGAGGUUUUGAGCGAAAACGAUAGCAUAAAAUGGCUUUUCAACAUCUCAGAUGCGUUUUUCCCAUCAGUCUAUCUACAAGAAUCAUAUUCGCCACAAGAAAGGGUGCAAUAUAUUGAAAGAUCUUUAGCCGAAGCUCUUAGAUUGAGAAAUCAACUGAAGACCCACAAGAAAAUAUACGUUUACUUUUGGUACCAAUUUCAGGAUACUGGAAAUUACAUUUCAGAGGAACAACUAUAUUUGCCCCUAAAAGCAAUAGCAAAGUAUAACAUCGAUGGAAUGGUCUUAUGGGGCGCCAGUGCUAAUGUUAAUUCGAAAUCAAAGUGCCUGCAACUACAUGAAUAUGUUGAUAAAGUGUUUGGACCUAGUUUGGUUCAGGUGUAGCAAAUUUUAGAACAAUUAGUGCUUUUGUAAAUGUUUUUACUUUUACUUCAAUUAAAUAAUUCUUAUAAUAGUUAAUAUAAUAAUAGUGAAUAAAGAAGAGAUUGUUUUUACCUU